GAAGAAGAAGAAGUACGGGUUGGAGCAACAUGGCCGCUUGUUGUUUACACAAUGAAAUAUGGCUGUUUUUUAAUGUCUGAAUGAAAACAUGAGCACUGACCUCGAGUCGUGGCCCCCUUAGGAAAGUAGCAGACAAACAGCAGAAAUGACUCCCAGGCUCCAUUAGAUCAGAACAGAGGUCCCCGUGCGGGUCGUGGUUUACGGGCCGUGUUGAUGUUUCUGAGCCGCAGCAGACAUGAAGAUCACGGACGGUGUGUUGCGGAGCUUCCGAGUAGCCCGGACCUACAGAGAGAACUCCCAGAAAGUCAACUGCGUGGACUUCAGUCCGAAUGGACAACAUGCGAUAUCCAGCAGCGACGACGACUGCAUCGUGUUGUAUGACAUCCAGGAGGGAAAACCCAAACGUACUCUGUUUAGCAAGAAGUAUGGAGUGGACCUCAUCCGCUACACACAUGGAGAUACACAGACGGUGGUCUACAGCUCCAACAAACUAGACGAUACCAUACGAUACCUGUCUCUGAGUGACAACAAGUACAUCCGCUACUUCCCCGGACACACUGCAAGGGUUAUUGCGCUCUCCAUGUCUCCAGUGGAUGAUACGUUUAUCUCAGGCUCACUGGAUAAGACGAUCCGGAUCUGGGACCUGCGCUCUCAAAACUGUCAGGGUUUGACCAAUCCACUGGGGAAACCUGUUUGUUCCUUCGACCCUGAUGGGCUGAUAUUUGCCGCAGGGGUGGAAUCACAGGCAAUUAAACUUUACGACCUUCGUGCUUUCGACAAGGGUCCAUUCGCCUCCUUUGAGUCGAGGUUUAAUCGCGUCUGUGACUGGACGGGACUCAAGUUCAGUAACGAUGGGAAACAGAUUCUCAUCUCGACAAACGGAGGGAUGAUUCGUGUUGUCAAUGCAUUCAAUGGAUCUGUGCUGCACAACUUUUCUGGCUACAACAACAGUAGGGGCAUCUCCCUGGAGGCUUGCUUCACUCCAGACUCACAGUUUGUUAUGAUCGGCUCAGAGGAUGGGAGAGUCCAUGUUUGGAGCACUGAGAGCGGGAUGAAGGUGGCCGUGCUGGAUGGGAAACAUACAGGACCCAUCAACACGCUGCAGUUUAACCCCAGAUACAUGACGUUUGCCAGCGCCUGCACGAGCAUGAACUUUUGGCUGCCGUGCAUUGACGACUUGUAGAGGGAGUGGAUCCUCGUAUGUUGCAACACAUGGCCAUCAUGAAGCGAUGCAGGGAUACCUUCAUGUGUAUUUUGUCACAAUAAGAACACUGGUGUAAUAGUUAAUUGGUAUUGUUAAACAUUUAUCAUAAGUAUUUUACAGUAUUUAAAAAAAUUAUGCUACUGCAACUGAAAAACAUGUUUUCUGUAAAUUUUUUAUUGUUUUUAUAGAAUCCAAAUUCUCAAUUUUUUUACAUUUUUAACCAUUUGUCAUGGUGUGUCUUGUAUAAUGUAUGUGAAAUAUUUUCUGUGUUUUUAUCAUUAAACAUUUUGAUAUGAA